GGCCGGGCCCCGUCUUCCGGUUCCGGGCACGGAGGCGGACAGCAAGGGGGCGGGAGUUAAAAUGAAGCACAUCAAUUUGUCCUUUGCUGCCUGUGGGUUCCUGGGCAUCUACCACUUGGGGGCAGCGUCUGCCCUCUGCAAGCACGGCAGGAAGCUGCUGAAGGACGUGAAGGCCUUCGCGGGCGCGUCCGCGGGCUCCUUGGUGGCCAUGGUCCUGCUCAUGGCACCGCAGAAAUUAGAGGAAUGUAAAGCGUUCACCUACACGUUUGCCGAAGAAAUCCGCAGGCAGUCCUUUGGGGCCGUGACGCCCGGCUGCGACUUCAUGGCCCGACUCAGGUGUGGGAUGGAGAACAUCCUCCCCACCAACGCCCACCAGCUGGCCCACCGCGGCCUGCACGUGUCCAUCACCAACACCAGCACCAGGCAGAACUACUUGGUGUCCAGCUUCAGCUCCCGGGAGGAAUUCAUCAAGGCAGAAAAGUGAGUGAUCGGUGCUCAGUGAUCCAGGCACUAGUGGACCGGCGAG